UUGAAGACCUUGACUCUCGAUCUCGAAUUUGCAGCCUAAUUUUCAUUCCUUGUUUCACCUUAUAAUACUUUGCCGGCGCAAACCGACGACCCCUCGAUCGCGCGAAACCCAACUUUGGAGAACGACCCCGGACGACAAAAAAAUCCCCCAGGCACAAACUCCCCCACCACCAACGAUCGAUCUCUCAUCACCACCAAUUCCCCCGCGACACCACGAUACAGCUGGCCUUGAACCGAUCCCUCAGACUUUCCAACCCCGUUGCGCAUACUGUACCUCCUACAAACGACCGCAUACCACAAGCGCGAUAGGCCGCCGCCGCAGACAGCCGCAAUGGCUCCCGCACCCCCAGAGGCGGACUCGCCCUCGGCGGCAACGACCUCGAGCACCGACUCCAAGCUAGAGGUGUGGAAGGACAUGCUCUACGAGAAAUUCCAAAAGGCUGGCGACGAGAACGACCUCUUCACCCAAUACGACCUCCUCGACUUUGACGUGAUCCCGAACCGCGACACCGUCACCCUCUUGAAAUGCCUCCAGAGCCUCACAAACGACCGCCUCCUCAUCGCCGUCUCCUCCCAGACCGGCCUCGCCUGGCGAUGGCGCUCCGUCGAAGAUGCGGAAAAAUAUAAACUCUGCACAACAGACGAACAGCGCAUGGUGUACGGCGCAAUAGACGAAGCAGGCGGCGACGGAAUCUGGUCCAAAUCAAUCCAGAACCGCCUCAACAUGCACGACUCGGUCCUCAAAACAGCCCUCAAACAGCUCCAGGGAAAGGGCCUCAUCGCCCCCUUCAAAAACGUGGAACACCCCAACAAGCGCAUGUUCAUCAAGGCCUCCAUGCGGCCCUCGGAACGCGCCACCGGCGGGCCCUGGUUCACCGACUCUUCAUUCGACGAGGCCUUCAUAGAGGAAGUCCAGCGCGUCAUCUUUGACUACGUUAAGCGUAAGAGCACCUACCACAGUACCGGCUCCUCUUCUUCGUCCGCCGCAGCCCGCACCGCUGUGCCCAAAAAGGGCGUCCUCAAGGGCGGCCCACCGGAUCACAAGGGCAAGAAGCGCAGCGCAGGAGAAAUGUCAGGCACAAACGAAGCAGAGAAACAAUCCCCUCCCGCAGUCCAACCCCCCAAGCGAGAACCAACUUGCCUGCCCCUCCCCGCCGGCUUCAAAGAAUACCCCACCACGCGCGAGAUCGCGCGCUUCGUCUCUCAGUCCGGUAUCACCAGCGACACGAUCCUCGGCGAAGAAGACAUGCAGAAGCUCAUUGACGUGCUCAUCUUUGACGGCCUCAUCGAGCCCAUCCGCGUCUCGGGCCGGCUGGGCUACAGAGUCUGCCGCGCCCCACGACAGAGCAAGAUGCCGUGGGCGGGCCGCCAGGACGACGAGGGCGCGCCGGAGCCGUUUGUCAAUGGGUAUACUGAGGCUCCUUGCGGCCGGUGUCCCGUGUUUGAGCUUUGUGAGGAGGGCGGUCCCGUCAGCGCGAGCAAUUGCGUCUAUUUUCAGCGGUGGUUAGGUUUGGAAUGAGGUCCAUGAGACUUCGGUUUCGCAAGACACAAGAGGGAAGAGCCUUGCUGAAAAGACUGGGGUUCUGUCUAGGAGUCAUCAAAAAAGACGGUCUUUUGUUUCGGUUUGGGUCUGAUUGAUUCACAUCAUGGGAAGCAUUGCAUUGGCGUUGGCACGAAUUAUCACAAAAGGAGAGGACAUGGGCGGGACGGUUUGCCAUGGGGGCCGGGGGUAGAGUUUCCAUCCUUCCCAAGCGGAAUUUAGCUUCAAUGGCGGCCAGCCAUUGGCUGUAAUUAUACCAAUGACAUGUUUGACCCCACCACGCUCA